GAGCUUGGACAAGAACUUCUACAUCCAAAAGGUUUGGCUGGAGAUUGGCGGCCUGCUUUUAUCACUGCCAGUGCUGCUCAUCAUCCAAGAGCUCUUGGAGCCGCAGCGCAACCUCUUCAGUGGCUCUUGGCUGCAGAUGGCCAAGAAAGCCUUCACCGGCUGGAUGUGUGCAGCCUUGGUGGCACGCGUCGUCCAGAGCUGGUUCACAGGCAUCGUGUCGAAGUACCUCUCUACGCUGAGCCGAUCGGUGAUCCAGUGCAUCGCGGUCAUUGUUGUUCACAUGUGGGACCCAAGCGGCAUGCAAUCCGUUUCUUUGAGGACGCAGGAGCUGGUUCGUGAUGCCGUCAGUAGGAGCUUGAUCCGAUUGUUGCAGCCACCAAUACUGCUGCAGAUUACGGCCUUUCAGGCAGAGGCCAGGAUGCUCCAUGUCCAGCGAAUGUCGGGAGAGGAGCUGGCUAGCUUCCCUGUCGGAACCUUCUUGCGCGUGAGUGACUUGAAAACGGCCCUUCAGAGCAAUCCGGAGCUGCGUGGACAAAGACUGAAGCUGGUCUGUGAUGGCGUGGUUCUGCCGGACGAUCACAAACUUGAGUCGGCGGUCGCAUUGCUACUCGUGGUAUCGCGCCCCUUCGUUGAGGCAACAGAAAGCUCCGUGCAAAAGCUCGUGCUUGCUGCCGAAAAAGGGGCCGUGUCAGAGGUUGAGGAGAUGCUGCAGCAACCCUAUGAUCCCGACCUCCGCGGCUUCGUCCGGAAAUCGUUCGCUGAAGCUUCCUCCCAUGGUUACCAGACUCCCCUCGCUGCUGCAGCUGGCUCUGGCCAAACUGAGGUCGUUCGCCUGCUGUUGGCGGCUGGCGCGAAAGUGAACCUUCGAUCGCAAAACCAAGGGUUUUGGCGGAAGGCUGCACGCAACCCCAAAGUCAACCCCAACGCAACCCCUCUGUUUCAGGCUUCCUGCGCAGGCCAUGCAGAGGUCGUGAGGUUGUUGCUGGAUGCCCAAGCCGACCAACACCAGGUGUGCGGUGUGGAAGCGCUGUCACCGUUCCAUGCCGCAGUAAAACGCGGCCGGACUGAGGUUGCAGGCCUGUUGCUGGAGGCCCGUGCCGACACAAACAAAGCGCAUGGUGACGAAACGCCCCUGGCGACGGCGAUCUUGCAAAACCACCCGGACAUGGUGGCACUGCUCUUGAAGAAUGGCGCCGACAAAGAGCAGGUUGUCGAUUUCGACACACCUCUUGGACUCGCAGUCCGCAGAGGCCGGCAGGAGAUUGUAGCUCUCCUGCUGGAAGCCGGCGCUGACAGACACCGGAGGUUCGGGCCUGUGAGGGAGCGGCCCAUGGCUGUAGCAGCCAAAUACGGCUACACCGCCAUCAUGCGCCUGCUGCAGCCAGGGCCUGGUUCGGAAGACUCCCCGAAGAAAGGCAUCGCGUUGGAGGAGUGUACAGAUGUGUACAGUGUACAGAUACCUGUCACCAAGCAGCCGGAACGGGACGGAGAGCACGAAGUGCAGUCUCAGUCUCUGCCGGAGUCGGACGAGGAAGUGUCGGACGAAUCGCAUGAGGCCGACGACACCGCUGCGUUUGAGGAGUGGUCUCACGCCGCGUUUGAGGAGCACAUCGCAGGGAUCGUCUCAAGCAUGGACCCAGCGCAACCAGACAUCAUUCAAUGCGUGCGGGCAUCGCAAGCUCUUGGUUGCUUUGGACGAGCUUUCCGGCCUGCAGGCAGGGGGAAGAGCCGCCGAAGUUUCCCAACCAAUCACAUCCAGGAGUUUUGGAGCCACAGCUGGCAUGGCAACGCAUGGCACAAGGUCCUGACUGCAUUGUAUUUGUACAAUGGCAUGACGGCAGCAGUCUUUGCAUCACUGGGGACUCUACUUCUCUGGGCACUCGUCGCAUGGAGUUAUCUGCCAGUAGAACCUCUCUGGUGGAGAGAACAUCCCGCAGCUUCCUUCUGGUGCACCGGAACGAGCAUUCUUCUCUAUUGCUUGGCACUCUUCUUCUCGAAGCCUCGUCGGCGAGUCUUUUUGGAUAUUUUGUGCAUUGAUCAGGAGGACACUUCCUUGAAGGCGGCAGGCCUGGUUAGCAUGGGAGCCUUCCUCAAGUGUUCCGAUUCGAUGCUUGUGCUCUGGGAUCCCUCAUAUACUCAUCGCCUUUGGUGCGUUUUUGAGAUGGCCGCAUAUCUACACAGCCGCCCGGCAGACAAAGUGAAGCUCAUCAUCCGACCAACCAUUCUGGGCCCGGUCUUCAUCUCUUUGCCAGUGGCUUUGUUUUUCUUCAUGCUGGUGACCAGCGUGAUCCCCACUGCCCAGCAUGCAAUCAUGUGGCCUCUGAUGGGCCUGGCCGUCUACGUUGGCUUCUACAAAAGCUGUUCCAUGUUGCGCGAGUACUGGCGGUCGGUGGAGCUGUUGGAGAAGCGGGUCGCAGGCUUCACCGCAAAAGAAAGCCUGUGCUGGUGCUGCUCAGCCGAUCACAAGGAUGCCGACGGCGAGUCUAUAGUUUGUGAUCGGCAAAUCGUUUUCAGAUGCAUUGUCACAUGGUUCGGGAGCCUCGAGAACUUCGAGACCAGGGUACGUACAGAUGUCUUAGAAUGCUUAGUUGACCAGCUGUCCAAACAGAUCUUCACCUACAAGCAAUGUGCUCUGGCUGCUUUGCCAUACUGCUGGUCUUCGUUUGACGUAUCAGCCGUGGAAGCUUCAUUAAGGAUCCCCGACUACGACCUCCUCUUCCAACCCUUUGACUUUGGUGGAGUCAUGAGACCUGUUUGUCGAGGCCUCGGCUGGGCUCUUGGAUUUCUGCCGGUGAUAUUUUUCCUUGCAAGCAGGCUUGGAUUCCUCCUACGACAUAAGCGUGACAGCAUCUGUGCUGAAGUCUUGGUCAACUCUUGCAUCCUUGUUGCCAUGAUUGCUGUGUUCUUUGCCCUCUUGAUGCUUGAGCAAGCCUGCUGGAGUUUCGAGGGCCCAUUGGGAUACUACAACCUGGCGUACCACCGACUUCCCGGCACGGGCGUGUUCGUCGGCAUCCUGCUCUCCACCGCUGCCAUUCUGUUCUGCUGCAUUGGCCCUCGGUGCUGUGGCAGACGGAGUUUUAAGCCAGCUUCUGAGCAGCGCACGAUGAGUCCUGAACCGGACAGGGGGGUUUAG